UUUCCCUGCAGGGUUGCGGGCUCUCGCCGAGGCGGGCAGUGCUGGGCAGACGUGGACUCCCCAGGGGGAUCGACCCCUGCGGGUCCCGUCGGCGGCUGGCGAGCGCCUUCUGCUCAGCGGCGGGGCCGGACCCAUCGUUCUCCUGCCGGGGUGCACCGAUUCCCUCGCAGGAGGACGUUAAAUCCGCCGCGUUACGGUGCAGGGCGCUGAGGGUGAAUGCUGUCGCCGGGCGUCGGUCCGCGCUGGUGUAGAUGUGCGAGCGGUGCCUGCCCCGGGCACAGCCCGGCUGCCCGCAGGGAUCAACCAACGUGGUUUACCAAGCCCAUCAUGUCAGCAGGAGUAAGAGAGGUCAGGUCGUCGGCACCAGGGGUGGAUUUCGAGGCUGCACGGUUUGGCUAACAGGCCUUUCUGGAGCUGGCAAGACAACCAUUGGCUUUGCUCUGGAAGAGUACUUGGUCUCUCAUGGCAUCCCUUGCUAUUCCCUGGAUGGUGAUAAUGUUCGGCAUGGCUUGAAUAAAAACCUGGGUUUCUCAGCUGGGGACCGCGAGGAGAACAUCCGCCGCAUUGCAGAGGUGGCCAGGCUGUUUGCUGAUGCUGGGCUUGUCUGCAUAACUAGUUUCAUUUCUCCAUUUGCAAAGGAUCGUACAAACGCACGGAAAAUUCAUGAAGCAGCUGGACUUCCUUUCUUUGAAAUCUUUGUAGAUGCUCCCCUAAGUAUUUGUGAAAGCAGAGAUGUGAAGGGCCUGUACAAAAAGGCAAGAGCUGGAGAGAUCAAAGGAUUCACGGGAAUUGACUCAGAGUACGAGAAGCCUGAGUCUCCUGAACUAGUGCUGAAGACGAACGUUGCGUCAGUGUCUGAAUGCAUUCAGCAGGUUGUGGAGCUCCUCCAAAUACAAAACAUCGUGCCCCACAGCUCAGUUAAGGACAUUCUUGAGCUAUUUGUGCCUGAAAAUAAACUCAGUACUGUACAAGCUGAAGCGGAGAUGCUACCAUCUGUAGAGAUCACUAAGCUGGAUCUGCAGUGGGUGCAGGUGCUGAGCGAAGGCUGGGCCACUCCGCUGACCGGCUUCAUGCGUGAGGCAGAGUACUUGCAAGUGAUCCAUUUUGGCACCCUGCUGAAUGAUGGCGUUGUCAACCUGAGCAUCCCCAUCGUGCUGCCAGUCUCUGUGGAGGACAAGGAGCGGCUGGAGGGCUGCGAGGCGCUGGCACUAAGCUACCUGGGGCGGAGGGUGGCGGUCCUGAAGAACCCCGAGUACUUUGAGCACAGGAAGGAGGAGCGCUGUGCCCGCGUCUGGGGCACCACCUGUGCAAAGCACCCGCACGUCAAAAUGGUGAUGGAAAGUGGAGACUGGCUGGUUGGUGGAGACCUGCUUGUGCUGGAGAAGAUCAAAUGGAAUGAUGGGCUGGACCAGUACCGCCUGACACCGCUCGCUCUCAAGCAGAAGUUCAUGGAAAUGAAUGCUGAUGCUGUCUUUGCAUUUCAGCUGCGCAACCCUGUUCACAAUGGGCAUGCCCUGCUCAUGCAGGACACACGGCGCCAGCUUCUGGAGAGGGGAUACAAAAACCCCGUGCUUCUCCUGCACCCGCUGGGGGGAUGGACCAAAGACGACGAUGUCCCACUGGAGUGGCGGAUGAAGCAGCACGCAGCGGUGCUGGAGGAGCAAGUCCUGGACCCCAAGUCAACCGUCGUUGCCAUCUUCCCUUCUCCCAUGCUCUACGCGGGCCCCACAGAGGUGCAGUGGCACUGCCGAGCUCGCAUGAUUGCUGGGGCAAAUUUCUACAUUGUGGGGCGCGAUCCUGCAGGCAUGCCUCACCCCGAGACCAAGAAGGACCUCUAUGAGCCCACACAAGGAGGGAAGGUCCUCAGCAUGGCGCCAGGCCUGACCUCAGUGGAGAUCAUCCCCUUCCGGGUGGCUGCUUACAAUAAAGUGAAAAGGGCCAUGGAUUUUUAUGACCCACAAAGGCACAACGAUUUUGACUUCAUCUCGGGGACACGCAUGAGGAAGCUUGCUCGUGAAGGUGAAAACCCACCAGACGGCUUCAUGGCCCCCAAAGCUUGGAAAGUCCUAACCGAGUACUACCAGUCACUGGGAAAACAGAAUUAACACUACUCCUCCUCCCUAGAAAUGCUUGUAUUAAGAGUGAGCAAUGAUUGAUUGAUUCCCUAUGACACAGAUCAGUUACUUGGCAUUUCCAGUGCUCUGCCUGUAGGAUUUUUCUACCUAGGUCAGAGUGUUUUUUACUAAUCAGAAAUAAUUUGAGCGUGGUCCUUCUCCCCUGGAAGCUGCCAGGAGCAUCCCCAUGGAACUGGAAGGGCAGCGAGCCCUGCAUUCCCAGCUAAGCGCAGCUGCAGGAAGCCCAGCACAGCCCCUGGGUGGGCAAGCUGGACUGUUCCAGUGCCACCAGAGCCAGGCACCAGCCCCCAGUGCAGAGCUGGGACCUCAGCACCAGGAUAAAAACCACGCUUGUCCCCUGUGAAGCAGAAAUGAAGAGGUGCCUUUUCUCUACCGCUCAGCCAGCCCUGCCUGAAGAGGAAGGAGCCACUGAAGUGAGGAGCAGCUGCUGCUGCCAGGUUGGAAGAGGGAAACAGGCACACAGGGCUUGGAUCCAUUCGCAAUCCUCCAGGUUGUCCCAUAGAUCAUUUUUGCCAACAAACAGUGGGGUUUUUUUUAACACCCUUUUUUAAAAAGGAUUUUUUAAAAUCAGCCUUGACCAUCACUUGUUCCUUGUGGCUGAAACAGAUGCUCACUGUCCUUCCUUGCUUCCUCCUGCUUGACCUCUCUGGUCAAAACAAAACCUGGGCUGAGCAUUACUGAUGCUCUGAGUUCAGCUUUCCACGGCAAUCCUUGUGCUGACAGCCUAGGGGGCCCAUGGAUGGGGGAAGCUGUUCCUGGGAGGCACCCUAAAGCUCGGGAGAUCUUUGAGAAAGUUCAGGGCAGCAGUCAGAAACUGGGGAUGGUUUUUACCUGUUUUCAUGGGUAUCCUCACACCUAGCAGGAUUGCAUCCGCCCUUUCCUUUGCCUGCGCUUCUCCCAUCUGAAAGGCAAAUUAAAGGCAAACCAGCAAAAUCAGUGUGAGGUGGCUCCAAGAGGCUGUACCUGUUAAACCAGGUGAGAGAUGGCUCAAGCACUUGCCUUCAUCUGUACCUGUAAUCCCACAUGGGUACAGGUGGCCUGAUUUUACUUAGUACCUGUGUGCUGCGGAUGCUGGCUCCUGUGGGGGAUGGCAGAGGAUGGAGUCCUUGCCAUCCACCCCCACCUGCAUGGGGUGCUGCUGUGUGAGGGGUGGUGGUGCUGAGCCAUCAUCCCUCACAUAGAGAGGUAGCCAGUGGCUGGUGCUGCACCCAGCUGUGGCUGGUGGGAAGUUACAGCAGCCCUAACCUUUCCCAACCCACCCUCUCUGACACUGAUUUUGCUGCUGUGUUGGCUUUUUUACUGACCCACAGCACUUGCAGUGAACUCUGACAGGGCAGAGCAGCGUGACUCAGCACCGGAGCUUUACCUGGCCCCACUCGUGUCUCACUGCAGGCACAUGCUGCUGGGACUGGUGCAUGUCUCUCUGGUGGCUGAGGUUUGGGUACAAUGCCCCACAUGGCUGGGAGCCCCUCAGUCACCUCCUGCCCCUGCCUGUGCCUCAAUGUCCUGCCUGUGCUGGCUUCCCCAGGGAAAGGGCUGAUCCUGCAGCCCUGCUGUGCUGGGAGCAAGGAGCGUGCUGCCUUCCCGGACACCACACUGAGGUGUGAGGUUUUUAUUGAGGGGAAGACAGCCAUGCACUUGUUAGUUACUGCAGCAAACCGAAUUGGUACUUUCUGUACUCAUCUUUUCUUAGUAGAUGCCCCAGGACCAGUCAGAUGUGUUUCAAGUGACAUGGAAAUAGCACUCUCCUCUUCUUGUACUUCAGUUUUAAUUACAAAUGGAGCUACACUCAGUAAGAGCAAUGACGCUUCUGCUUGUAACUUAGAAUAGUGAGCUACAUCGCAAGCUGAAACCUGUUUUGCUGUGGCCAUAGUACAGUGUCCAAGACUAUGUAUGUAAUUGGGAAUACUUUUGCAAAAAGCCUUUUAUCAUUUGUCAGCUCUUUGGGAGUUAUUUUUUUACAAGUUUUUAAAGUAAAGCAAAGGCCCAAACCUGUAUUAUACCUCAAGAAAAAUGCUGCAAUGCUCAUGUUGGUAGCUCAAACCACACACUAGCACCAGUGCCUUUUACACUCAGGCCCUCUGGCAGGGACCUGGAAGACAAAAGCAAUACUCCCAUUUAUGUUUGCAAUACUUGUCAUUUUAAAGUAGUGACAUAGUGCUGUUGCCACUCAUCAUAUAAUAAUCAAAUGGUUAAACCUCCCUCCCAUAAAUAAAUCCAAAUGGUUACAGCAAAACACAAAUCUUGUAUUAUCCUUUUAAAACAGUGUAGUGUACUGAUUACCUCUGAUCCAAAUAGAGUAUCUGGACUAGUUUUUUAUAGUGUAUUUAUUAAAGGCAUGAGACUGGAAUUUGCAUCAACUGAUGCAUCUCAUGAUUUAAUAUAUUCUGAACUUGAUACUCUGCUACAAAACACUCACUUUUAGUACAAAUAAAUAUUUAUAUACUAA